GCUGGAGGGAUCUCUGCCCGCGCUCCACCACCACCCCCCACCACCCCCCACCGCCUGCCCUUCUCUGGGCUGUGGACAGAGGCCUCAGCUGGCUCUGCAGCCUGCCUCUUCUCUGUCCUCUGCCCAGCUCUGGUUACUUUGUCUUUGACCUUCCGCUUUGUCUCUGACUUCCACCCUCAGAUAAGGUCACAGAGUCCCAAGCCUGUGUGGUUGCCCUGGGGGUGCCCAGUGCUGUGCUCGGGGCCGAGGGGCGUGGUGCAGGAGGAGGUUCAGGCCCUGCCUUCUUGGGCUCCCGGGGGCUCUGGGUUGCUAGGUUGACCCCCAGGGGUCCUGGGGAAAAGACCCUAGGGAAGUGAAAUGUUCACUAAGAUGUCUGGACCUCGGGAGAAGGGGAAAGAGAAGCUCUCGGGGCAGGGACGUGGAUGCCAGAUGUGCCUGCGGAGAGGGGGUUCGGGACAGAAGUUGGCUUCCUAGAGAAGAGGGAAGUGCUGCGUCCCCACCUGAGCAUGUGCCUUGCUGAGGACCGCCCCAUAAAGCGCCGCCUGCCCCUCCAAGGCACAGCGGGGCCCCCAAGACCGCGGACGAGCAAACUCACCAGACCCCACGCCUCAGACAGCUCAGAGCAGCCCUGCAGCUCUAUUCCUUCUCUCUCAGCACCCUGCGGGGUCGCCUCUGGGGGAGAAUCCAUGGACCGCCUGCUCCCUCCCUCCCAAGUAUUUUACAUGGACUCACUCAAACAGGGAAGCCCAUGCUGGGGCCUUGCUGUGACGGUGUUGUUGGGCUGCUGAAGGAGUUUCUCUUAACCGACGCUUGUAUGGACACCAAAACGUCAUGGAAACUUCGGCACACCCUGGGCAGAGCCAUUAUCCUGUUUAAUGCGGUGCCAAGGGACAGCCGUGUCACAGGCACAGCUCCUGCCCUCCAGUGUCCGUCUCCCUCUAGCACCCUCUGCUGGCAAAGUGGGAGUGUGGCGGGCAGCCUUGCUGCCAGAAGCUGGGCACAGAGGGUAGGUGUGGACCUGAGCCCAUUUCACCACCAGCACCCUGUGAAUAUUAAUAAAGGGAAAGUCACUAAAAUGGAGUUGGGAUGCCAGAAGAGGGCGAUCUCAUGCACCUACCCCUCAAGGUCAAUACAGAUCCCAACAGGAAGAGACCUACCUUGCAUCUCUGGCAAGAAGUGACACCAAGACCAGCAGGAGGAAGGAAGAUUUUUCUCCCUGCCCGACAACAGCCCAGCCAAUGAAAAGCUACCACUCCGUCAACUCCCAGUUUCCUCCAAUGGACUCUGUUUAUAACAGCCCCUCCCAACUCCCCUUCUCCUCUGCAAAAGAGUCUCCUCUUCUUUGCUUUACCAGACAUGCAUAUAGUUCACCACAGUUGCAUUCUUUGCAAAUCCCAAAUUGCAAUCCUUUGCUAUUCCAGAACAAACACAUUUUGCUGGUAAAAUAACUGACUGUUAUACUGUUUUAGGUUAGCAACCCCCUCCCAUAGCCGAGACCACGCGCCCCUCAGGGCUCUUUCAAACCUCGCUCCAGCCCAGGACUGGAAGAUGCCUCGAAUGGGCAACUUGGGCCUGGCCCAGAGCACACUCCCUCCCCCUCCCUGCGCUGUGGAGAGCUCUGUCUGCUCCUGUUACCCUCCUAGGGCUCCAGAGAGCGAGGCCACUGGUAGGGGCUGGAGCAGGGUGGCUCCAGGGCCACACUUCCCACCCGGACGAGGAAGCAGGGGACAGUGGAGGCCACGCUUGCUCGGGGCAGUGGAGCUUUCUCUGCCAGGUUCAGACCUCGAGUUCGUGCCCCUUGCCAGGUGGGGAAGGGUCUUGAACAGACACUGAAGUGGCUGAGUGGGCACAGGAUUGCCGCCCAUCUUUCCCCAGCUUGGAGGAUGCCAGCAGGGAUGGUUUUGAAGGAGAACCUUGUGUCCCCAAUGCUGCCCUGAGGUUCUCCAUCCCCAAAGUUCAGGUGCCCUCUUGGCUGGUGAGGUAAAAGCCGGGUUGCUGGUCUGCGGGCAGGGACCCAGGCCACGCUGUUUAUACCACCACUGGGUCCCCUCUGCCUUCCCGUGCCUGCAGUGCCCAGCUUGGAGCCUGCCACCUGGAGGACCUGUGUCGCUGUAGGGCAGGCGGCUCCUGCAGGACCGUGCGGGGCCUGGGGAAGUCAGCUGGCCUCCUGGAGGCUGGAACGCCCCGAGGGCAGCACCACCUUGCUGGUUCUGCUGCAGAGGCCUGGCCAGUGGGCAGGCUGGGCCUUGGCAUCUUGGCCCCCAGGACCCUGGCAGAUGUCCUCAGUCUGCAAACGGGAGACAGGUAGGGGAGGACUGGGCGAGCUGGAGACAGUGAGGCCCCUACGCACUGAUCUUUUCAUUUAUUCACUCAUCCACAGACACUUAUGUACCUCCUCGUGCUGGGCGCUGUGUCCAGCACUGGCUCACGCUGGCCUUGGCUGGAUUGGAAGGGGGCCCUGGGCGUGAGAAGAGUGAAGGGAAUGGUCUCUGCACACGCUUGCCACAGUCCCAGGGAGCGGAGAAAACCUUUCUGGGAGGUCCUCAGGCGGGGGCGGCGGGCCGGUAGUUCAGACACCUGACUGUACCCUCUGGCCUCCAGCAGCGAGAGCUUAGGCAAGCCGCCUGCUUCACUCUCGGCUUUACCAUGAGCCCCCGCAUGGCCAACCCUGGAAGGCACCUACCAGAGACCGCCGUAGGCCUGGCCGCGCCUGUGCCCCGUUCCCAGCACCGGCGCUGCACUUCCUGGCCUGGAUCCCAUUUCCCCCCAGCAAGGUAGGGAAUCGAUACCCCCCUCAGUCCCUGAGGCCCCAGCACUGACAACUGGGAGACGGUACCCGCACUUCCUCGCCCAGGUGGGACGAUUCUGAGGUGAGGGUUCUACAUGGGCGUCAGAGAGCCCCAGGGGGCCAUCUGCAGUGGCAGCUGGUUGGUGGCCUCCCUUCCCCGUCUCCCCUGGAGAUGAGCCUUCACCUCCGGAAUAAGCCACCUGCUCUCCAGCCCUUGUCUCAGGGCUGCUCCUGGGAGGCCUGGAACUUAGUGCCUUCGGCACCUGGCACACAGCUGAUCAACCGCCAGCAGCUACGGCCAUGAUGCUAACGAUUAUCUCAGGGGUUGUGGGGCUCCCAGGGAGGCUGCAAACACCUGGAGAGUAGACCUGCCCACGGCCGAGGGUCCUGGAAACUGCGGCUGGAUCUCCCUGGGCUGCUGAGUCCGCAGAAACCUUCCCAAGUGGAAGCUGAGCCAGGUGCGCCCCCCAGACCACACUGAGGCUGCUGAGAUCACAUAGAGCAGGAAGAGCUGUGCACUUAACUCGCUGUUGCAACUGUUAGGACGUGAGGAAUGUAUUUUCUUGAUUCAGUUUUAAAAAUACAAGGAACAGCAAGACAUAGACAUUCAAGAUCUAUUACGACGGAUCGUGUUCUGACAUCACCUGGAGCCGAGUAUGACUAUCUAAAUUCAAAUUAAACAACGUAAAAUCGGUUCCUCUAUCACACGGGGCAACGCUUCACGCACUAGGCAGCUGCGGGCGGGCGGCUACGGGCGUGGAAGCAGCCCCGGGGGAAGGGCAGUGCUGGCAGGUGGGGAACCUGCCGCCGUGGUCACAGAACCUUCCUCCCGCUUCCCACAUCCCCAGCUCCACACAAGCCAACGCUACCGCUGCAUCAGCGGCUCUUUCGCUGGCAAAUCAAACAUGUCUCUCUAGUUCCACUCGUCCCGGUGACCCUGCGGGGCGAGCACAGCCCCGUCUUUCACUAUUUGCCGGCCAGAGGCGCUGACAGUUUGUGGGGAGGCAGCCUUGCCACAGAGCUUUGCAUCCCAGCCCUUGUGCGUUCUGCCGCUGCUUCCGAAGCCCUGCAUAUGCUUCCCAAAGACCUAACAAGAUAAGAAACGUCCCAGUGGGGAGCCAUCAGAGCCCAUGGAUCAGGGCUGAUCUAACCAAUUUCUUCCAUAAAGUGUCCCAAAGAGGAGGAAGGUCUCUCACUUGGCUUGCCUUGGGGCUUUACCCCGUGGCAAGCUUGAAACGUGUUCAACUGAGCCUUCAUUUUGUCACCUGUAGGAUGGAGAAGGUGUGAGUGCCCUUCUCACUGGGUGGAUCUGUGCAGACCGAGCUUAGGACAACAGCUCGCCACAUACUGUUCAUUCGUUUAUUGAUCACCGGCUGCAUAGACUCGGCUGCCUUCUCACCCUCAGGGGAUUCUACCAAGAGGCUUCCCCAUAAGAGGUCCUGGGCUUCUGGAUGGUUUGAGAAAGCCUGCGUCAUUAUGCGGAUGGAUCCCCGUAGUACGUAGGGGGAGACUGGUUGCUUUUCUCACUCAGCACAAUUCCCUUCAGAUUCAUCCAGGUUUUUGCCUGUUUCAAUACUUUGUUGCUUUUUAUUGCUGAGAAAUAUUCCAUGACAUGGAUGGACCACAGCUGGUUUAACCACUUGCCCAUUGAAGGACAUCUCGGUUGUUUCCAGUUUUUGGCACUUUUAAAUGAAGCUGCUAUACACGUUUAUCCACGGGGUUUUCUUGUGAACAUACAUCUUCAUUUCUCUGGAAUACACACUCAAGAGGGCAAUCGCUAGGUCAUAUGGUAGUUGCAUGCUGAGUUUUAUGAAAAGCUGUCGCGCUGUUUGCCCCUGUGGUGAUAUAACUUCACAUUCUCACCAGCAAUGUGUGGAUGGCCCUGUUUCUAUGCCUCCUCAUCAGCAUAUGGUGAGGUCACUAUCUUUACUUUAGCACUUUGAUAGGUGUAUAGUGAUAUCUUAUUGUGACUUUAAUUUGCAUUUUCAUAAAGGCUAAUGCUGGUGAAAAUCUUUUCAUGUGCAUAUUUGCCACCUACCUCUGCUUAUUGGUGAAAUGUCUGUUCGUACGUUCUGACCCAUUUUCUUUCUUUUUUUAAUAUUUUAUUUAUUUAUUUAUUUUAUGUUUUUGGCUGCAUCAGGUCUUAGUGGUGGCACACGGGAUCUUCGUAGAGGCAUGCAGGAUCUUUCAUUGCGGUGCACAGACUUCUCUCUAGUUGAGGCACGCGAGCUCAGUAGCUGCGGCCUGCAGGCUUAGUUGCUCCGAGGCAUGUGGGAUCUUAAUUCCCUGACUAGGGAUCGAACCCGCAUCCCCUGCAUUGGAAGGCGGAUUCCUUACCACUGGACCACCAGGGAAGUCCCCUGGCCCAUUUUCUAAUCGGAUUUUCUUCUUUUUAAUUGUUGAGUUUUGAGAGUUCCUUAGAAUUUUAGAUGACACUUUGCUGGAUACGUGCCUUGCAAAUAUUUCCCCCAGUCUGUAGUCUGUCUUUUCGUCUUCUUAUCAGUCUUCAGCAGGGCAUAAGGUUUUAAUUUCGAUGAAGCCACUUUAUCAACUUUUCCUUUCAUGGAUUGUGCUUUUGGUAUCAACUCUAAGAACUCUUUGCUUAGCCCUAGAUGGUAUCUCUUUCCAUAUCUUUUUAAUGGUUAUAGGACCUGUAGAUAUGUCAUCCUUUUCAUUCCUGAUAUUGAUAAUUUGUGUCUUCUCUUAGUCAUAAUCAUUCUUUCUAGGGAUUUAUCAGUUUUACUAUUUUUUCAAAGAAAAAGAGAUCUCUUGGCGGGGGUCUCUGUGACCGCUCCGUGGGCUCCGCUCGAUGGCGAUUCUAGGUGUUAGUGGUUCCCUGAUGCAGUGGUUGGCCGACUGCAGCCUGAGAGCAGUCCGGCUGCUUGUUUUUAGUUGCACCUGGGAGCCGAGAACAUCUUUUGUACGCUUAAACGGUGGGGGUGGGGGGAGCGGGGGGAAGCAACUUUUGUGAAAUAUAUGAAAUUCAGGUUUCGCCUGUCAUAAGUAAAGUUUUUUUGGAACGUAGCCACGGUUGUCCAUUUCCAUGUUUACCGCCUCUGGCUCCGUGUAUCUCGCUGCCACCUGUGCCACUCCUGUCGCAGGCAACUCUUUAUACUAUAGAUAUCGUUGGGUUAAAUAUGCUAUGUAAUUCUUUAACCCUAUGUAGUGAAACCCCAAGACCUCGUUGUUAUUGCUUCAGAUAAUGAUAUUCAUUUACAUUGUCUCACAUUCACCCUUUUCUUCCCUUCUUUCUGUGCAUUUCUGUGCUUAUGUUUGAGAUCAUUUUUCUUCUACCUCUUAUAAUUUUUUUGAGUGUGGUUCGCUGGGGGUAAGUUCUCUGAGAUUUUUUUUCUCUGAAUUUGUUACCUUUGAUCUUUCUUUUUAUUUAUUUAUUUAGGGUUUUUUUUUUUUUUUUUUUUUUUUUCUGGCUGUGCUGCAAGGCGUGUGGCAUCUUAGUUACACCACCAGGGAUUGAACCUGCACCCCCUGCAUUGGAAGCGCAGUCUUAGCCACUGGACCACCAGGGAAGUCCCUGUUACCUUUGAAUUUUGAAGGAUAUUUGUGCUUUGUAUUAACUUCUAGAUUGUUAGUUAUUUUCUGCCAGUGGUUUGACGAUGUCAUUCCAUUGUCUCCUGUCUUUCACUGAUUAUUUUCUCUUUUGGAACUCAGUUGUUAGUCUUGAUGUUGCCCCUUUAAGUGUGGUGGCUAUUUUCUCUGGCUGCUCUUAAGAUUUUCUCUUUAUCCUUGGUGUUCAGCAGUUGUACUGUGAUGUGCGUGGGUAUGAUUUUUCUUGAUCCUGCUUCAGUUCCUUAAGGAUUUCUUAAACCUGUGGGAUGAUAUCUUUAAUCAGUUUUGGAAUCGUAUUAGCUCCUGUAUCUUGAUGAAAUGUUGUGUGUGACCCAUUCUCUUUCUUUUCUUCUUAGUGGAUCCACAUUGUCUCAGUCAGCUGCUGCUGCUGCUGCUGCUGCAUAUCAAGUGGCUACGCAGCUCUCAGAGUUAAAGCAUUGAUAUUAUCAUCCAUGCAUCUGAGGGUAGGCUGGGUUCAGUGCUUCUCACUGCAGAUCUGGGGUCAGCUGAGAUGUUCAGCCACAUGUGUUUCUCAUCCUCCUGCUACAAGGGCACUAAUGAGCAUUUUCUCUCAUGAUGGUGAUAGCGGCAUAAGAAAGCAGCCCCUGGCAAGUUACAAGAUUGAGCCCCAAGUCAAGGUCAAGGAAAUAAAUCCAGCCUUUGGUUGAAGGGACUGCAGAGUUAUAUGGCAAAGGGUUGGUUAAGAAAUGGGGUCCAUAUUUACAUCUGCAUUCAAGUAUGUUAGACCCUUCACCAUGUCCCAGAUAGCAAUCUCUUUGCUGUUUUCUAGUCCUUUAAAAGUGGUACUGUGUUUAGUCUGAUGUUUUCUACCUACUACUCUUCUGGAUUACUAAAAUCUCUCUCUUUGGUUUUGUCUCAAAUGCUGCUAACCCAACUCUUGGUCCUUUCUAUUAUACCCUAGAGUUUUAUUUCAUUAAUUUCUGCCACUUCAUUAUUUCUCAUUACAGAUUUCUAACUUUUGAAAUGGAAUGUCUAAUUCCUUAAUUUUCCGAUGUUCUUCUUUUCUGUUAUAAGCGUUUGAGUUUUAAAAUGCUUAUCAGUUUUCCCCUGGAAGCUGCUCUAGCUUUAUCCCAGUGUUUUGUUGCGUAUUGUUUUGUUUUCUGUAGACUUUGUUAACUGUCCAAUUUAAAGUACUUGAAGAUUUUCAUCAUGGUGUCUUGUUUUUGAGCAGAGUGCCUAUGUUGUAAUUGUUGGGUGCAGGGUACAAGAUAUGUUAGCUGUGUUGUUCAGUGUUUUUACUAAACUUCUGCCCUCAGGUCUGUCAGUUGUUGGGAGAGGUGUGUUUAAACAUUCCACAGUGUUGCUGCUUUUGUCCAUUUCUCCUUGUUGUUCUAGCACUUUUUAUGUAUUUUGGAGCACUUCUGUUAGAUAGAUACACAUAAGUUUUAGGUUGUUAAAAAAAAUUUUUUUCCGGUGAGUUGAAUAUUUUGUCAUUUACGUCUCUUAGUGAUUUUUGCCUUAAAGUCUAUUUGUCUAACAUUAAUAGUAUAAGUCCAUGAUAUCUUCUUCCAUCUUUUUUUUUUUUUCCCUUACAGUACGCGGGCCUCUCACUGUUGUGGCCUCUCCCGUUGUGGAGCACAGGCUCCGGACAUGCAGGCUCAGCGGCCAUAGCUCACGGACCUAGCCACUCUGCGGCAUGUGGGAUCCUCCCGGACCAGGGCACGAACCCGUGUCCCCUGCACUGGCAGGUGGACUCUCAACCACUGCGCCACCAGGGAAGCCCUCUUCCGUCUUUUAUGAUGAAUUUUUCUGUGGUCUUUUGUUUUGAGUGUUUUUCUGGAUGAAAACAAAAACUUCAAUCUAAUAAUCUGUCUCUGAGCUGGUAAUUUUAUUUAUUGUGGUUGCUAAGGAAGGCAGAUGUAUUUCUAUCAUCAGUUAUGUAGUACUUUUAAUUUUUUCUAUCCGUUUUUUCUCAAUUAUGACUUCUUUUUUCUGUACCUAUGCAGAAGGUAACAAACGCUAUUUCUAUGACCCUUUGGCAUUGACCCUUUAUGCCUAUGGCAUCUCUAACCUCUCUGUGAACCACGUAGAAACCAGAGAACACUUCAUCGUUAAGCACGUUCCUCCUGUCUUUUCAUGCUGUUUGUAUCCCACGUUGUCUUAUUUUCUUUAACCUCCCAAAUAAGAAAUUAUUAUUUUUGUGCUCUCUAGUCAGUGUUUGUUUUGCUUUAUCCACAUGUCUUAGUCUGCUCGGGCUGCUACAACAAAACAUCGUAGACUGGGGGGCUUAAACAGCAGACACUUAUUUCUCACAGUUGUGUAGGCUGUGAGUCCAAGAUCACUGCCUUGUCCUCUGUCUCCCAUGUUGAGCUGAGGUCUGCAUAGGGUGUAACUGCUGUUGCCUCCGAGACAUGUCUUUUCUCUCUGGCAGCUUUUAGGAUUUUCUCUUGGUUUGAAAUCUGGACAUUUUACUCUGAGUGUGUCUCAGUACAGGUCUGUUGUGAUUGCUUGACCUGAGUAUUCAUGUCUUUCAUCACUUUUGGAAAAUCAUCCAUUGCUCUUUUCUUUGAACAUUGUCUGUACUCCAUUUUCUGUGUUCUCUUCUUCUGGGAUUCUGCUUAUUUCUGUAUUAGCCUCUCUCCUUCUGUUCUUCAUGUCUUCUAGUUUCUUCUCUGUGUUUUCCAUUUCUUUUAAUCUCUAGGUUGCAGUGGAAUAAUUUGUUCAGCUCAAAUUCCAGUUUAUUGUUCUCUCUUCAUCUAUGUGUAAUCUGUUAUUUAAUUUCUCCCUUAAGUCUUUAUUUUUGAAUUUUAUUUUUUUAUGCAGCACGUUCUUAUUAGUUAUCUAUUUGAUACAUAUUAGUGUAUACAUGUCAAUCUCCCAAUUCAUCCCACCACCAUCUCCCUUAAGUUUUUAUAUUCAAAGAUUACAUCAUUCGCUUCCAGCAGUUUCCUUUAUUUUUUUGCCUAAUAUUUUUUGAUGGUAUCUCGUUCUUUCCUCAUGUUUUCUAUGCUCUUUUAUUUCUUAAAGCAAAUUUAUUUUUUAUUAUAUAUCUAUGAUUUCCAAUGUUUGAAACCUUUGGUGGUCUACUUCUGCUUACUCAUUGUUUCUUGUUUUCUUGUGUCUUUUGUGAUUUUUUAUUUUUUAGCAGAUAUUUAUUGAGAUAAUACCUUUGGGACUCUGACUUCUGAGUUGAGCAGAUAUUCCUUCAGAGAGGAUUUUCCUUUGUUCUUCUAGGUAUCUACAGGGUGAAACCCAUCAUUGCCACUUAACAUUUAUUUUGUGGCUUGAGGUUGAUUGGAAUAAACCAGUAGUGGAAAUACAAGCCGCAAGGUCAUAUGAGAGUUUCUAAUUCUCAGGAAUAACUUCUCUUCAUAUGUUUUUCUCCACGUAGAGCCAAUACUGACACAGACAAGCUUCCUUGUGCAGAGAGUAUCUUUUUUUCUAGUUUAGUAUUUAAUUUAGGGCAUAUCCCUUCUGAAGCUCCUCAUUUAUGUUUUUUUACCUUCACUUCCUCUCUUAUGGAGACCAGUGCCUUGUCUGCCACCCAACCUGUGGCUCUAGGUGACUGGAAAGAAGCAAGUAUCCUGAAGGCAGCUGCCAGCUUCACUACUUGCUGUCCAUAUAUUGUCAAGAUUGUUUCCUUUUCUUUUCUUUUUUUCUUUUUUUCCCCUUCCUUCCUUUCUCCCUGCCUCCCUUUCGCCCUCCCUCCCUCUCUUCUUUCCUUUCUUCCUCUUCUGAAGUGUUCACAUUAGCUUGGCAUACAGUUGAAAAGUAUUUAGAAUGUUUUUUCAUGCAACAUUUUUAAGUGUUUUGUAAUAGGAGGGUUUUUAGCUGCCUGGUUAGACCUGUUGCUGGGGGAAAGCAUUUCUAUAGCCCUUCCUUUAUUCUCCUUCCUUUGUGACAUGUCUAAGCCUCCACUUGAGCAUCUGACUGUAGCCGGGACAGUGUGUGUGCACGUUACGUUCUUGGGUUACGUGGGAGCAUUUGGAAUACUUCACCACUAAGUAUGGUGUUUGUUUUAGGUUUCUGGUGGGUGACUUUUAGUAAGUUACUGACAUUUUUUCCAGUUCCUAGUGAUCCAGGAUUUUUAAAAAAUCGUAUAAGUGAACGUUGAUGAUCCUCUGGUUAUUAUCCUUUAUCUCCUUGGUUGACAUCUUUUUCUAAGGCUGACUCAUUCUUAACGUUUCUGGAGCAAAUUGUACUUGGUCAUAACCUGUUAUUAUUUUAAUACAGCCGAUUAGCCAGUUUUUGUUUUUAGUUCACAGUUACGUGGACCUCUAGUGUUCCUUUCUUGUACUGUUUUUGUUUUGUGGUAGUAUCGGUUCUGCGCUUGGCCUAUGAAGGGAGUGAGUUGGUAGGAGCGUUCCAAGUGCUUGAGACAGAGGAUGACGUUUCAGAAGGUGGACAUGCUUGUUCAGAGGUGCACACAGGCUUUGGCGACCCUGUGUCCAGCACCUUGUGAUUUGCUGCAUAUGUAUCAGGACGGGGGGGGGGGGGCCUUUGCUGUGGUUGAGGGGCAAUGUUUGAAGGCUACAGUCCCUAGCUCCUCUGUGUGUCUUCACAUGGCCCGUUGAGUCCAACCGUCCAAGGGACCGACAGCUCAGAGCACCUGAGAUACCUGUUCUCCCUAGAAGACUGCUUCCUAUACUCAAAGUGGACCCUCAAAUUCUCAGUUUUCUUGGUUUUUAAAGCCUACGUACAGGUGACAACUUGGGCAUGCAUAUAUAUUUUGGAGAACUUGUCACUUUGAAAGAGAUGCUGCUUUUGCGGCCCACACACUCCCCUCCCCGAAGCGUGUGCCCCGAGCUGCAGCAGCGCUCGGCAAGGCGGAGCGUGCUUCCCCGCCACGCCGCGCCGCUCUGGGCUGCUGAGCGCUGCGCUUCGUGUACGUGAGCCAGAAGGAAAUACUUCCUGCCCUUGCUGAGGUCACCAUGGUUUGGGGUUUUCUGUCACUUGCACCACACCGGCUUUUUUUUUUUUUUUUUUUUUUUUUUUUGCGGUACGCGGGCCUCUCACUGCUGUGGCCUCUCCCGCUGCGGAGCACAGGCUCUGGACGCGCAGGCUCAGCGGCCAUGGCUCACGGGCCCAGCCGCUCCGCGGCAUGUGGGAUCUUCCCGGACCGGGGCACGAACCCACGUCCCCCGAAUCGGCAGGCAGACCCCCAACCACUGCACCACCAGGGAAGCCCCACACCGGCUCUUAAGGAACACGGUGGCCCACCUUAGCAACGCCACUUGCGGAAUCACGCGUCCUUCCCCAGCACGUGAGCUUUCUCGUACUCUGCAUGGAGUUCUGAGGGGUCCGGGUGACUGUAGGCGCUUCCCUUCACGCUCUUCCCUCAGUUCUAGCCAACACUCUGCCCUCUGCCUCCACAUGGCCUUGCAGGCCUGGCCUGGGCCUACUCACCUUGGCUGGACCUCCUUCUCUAUCCGGCCAAGUUUCGACAGGUCGUCACUCAGUUGCUCUCCUGAAACCAUGUGCAGUUCCCUCUUGCCCUGGUGACGCAGGGGAUUAGCUCACAGCAGGCUUCAGAGAGCCUCCACCAUGUCGGCUGGCUCCUGUGCCUCGACCGCUCCUGCGUCCUCUUGCCAGCAAGCUCCUCUGGGCCUCUGCACGGUCUCAGCCACGACCUCCUGUCUCUGCAGCCUGCAGGGACGGUCCCAAGCUGCCAUCAUGCCCACCCCGUCUGUUUGCUCACUCUCUUCAGCAGAUACCCCGUCUGCUGCUCACGGAGCAAGCGUGACUGUGGGGAGUGCAUCCUUUCAACUUCCCGGCCCCUUCCCACAUGCGCGCUCUCUGUGCACUCCUGCCCGUCGCUCUGCUGGCUCACGGGAGAAGCGUCCGCUCUCCCUGCCGAGGCUGCGGCCUCUGCUCUGGAUCCCGUUCCGUUCUGCCUGCACCAGCUGGGCCCCUGCCUCCUGCUUCUGUCCUCCGCCGACUGGCUCCCCACUCUUUGCAGAUAAAGGCUCCCAAGUCUUUACACUCUUAAUGUGGCACCGAUGUUGACCCUUGAUCUGUUUUUUCUAAACUCUAGCCUCUUACAGCUCCUUCCUUCCACAGUGACUUCUGGAAAGAGUAUCUAUCACACUGGUGACAACACGUUUCCCAGUUCACCUGAACUCCUCAUCCUGCAAUACGCUGGUAUCUCCCAUCAUCUGCCAUUGAAAGCGAUCCUCAUCAAAUCACCAAAGACCCACCAGGUCCAAAUUUAGGGAUUCUCCAUAUUCACACGUCUUGACUUCCCGGUUAUCUUACACUGCACCUAACCGUCUUCCUGGUGAAGAGACUCCAGUUUCAGGUGCCAUGGUAACUCUCACGUAGUUGACCUCUUACCUCUCUUGCCUGCCCUAACAAAAGGGAUGCUCCACAAGCUCCUAUCCUAGGAUUUGAGUCGGGAGUAGCUGGGGGAUGCCAUUCCUGGACACCGGCAUGAGUAGCAGGGUGUGAGCGCAAAGGCUGUGCUUGGAAAAGGGACAUGCGCACAGUAGGAGCCUAACAGAGGCUGGAAAUCUUCAGUCCUGGAGUUGCUGGGAGCAACAAGCCUCAGGGAGCUUCUGGCCCACCUAGACCUCUGGUUUAGAGGGUCCAGAUGUGACAGAGAGGGCCCUCCUCCCUGCCUGCCCCACAGUGCCUCCUUCUGCGGCCACCGAGACUCUUUGGAAGGUUCCCAGGCUGCCCCCACCAGCAGUCUCCCUGAGUCAGACCAGGUCGGGGCGGGCUGGAGUGUGGGCAGACGGGGUAGGAAGGUGAGCUGCAGAUGGCGCUGCCCCCAUCCUAACACCGAGUCAACGCCACGGGGGAGAAAGCCUUUGUUUUGUGCGCAACUGUGACUCUGACUUUUCAGCUGUCUUUGGACAGCUGCAUCUCAACUGAAAACCGAGAAAAGGCUGACCCUGCUGCUGUCUACCUGCUCAAGUUUCAGAUGCUGGACAAAUGCAUGUGAAAGAAUUUGUGAGUCCACCCACCUGUGCCAGUUGGUGGGUGAAGUGCAUGCUUAUUCAGCAGAAUUCCUUGUCUUCUGUCUCCUGGAAGCUGGUAGCAAGAGCUGACGGAGAGCAGCCAUGGGGCCUCCCCCGUCAGAAGAGGGCUGUCCCCAGGACGAUGUCCCACUCCCCACGCUGAGCAGUAUUUCUUUCGCUUCAGGGAUGUCUUACACCCAAAUCAUUGUGUCUCCCCCACUGACCCUGGGCCCCCCCAAAGGUCAGAAGCAUCUGAGCACUACUCUUCAUGGGUGGGCCUCAGGCCCUCGCUUCCAACAAUACUGAGGCCCUCCAAGGUGAAGGGGAGUCAAGAGUGGUUGUCAGCAAUAAACAGACUUACAAGUCUUGAUUUCAGAGAGAAACAACUUGUAGACGAAAUCGCUGUGGGGAAGGUUUGGCCUUGCUCUAAUUUGACCUGCCGACCUGCCGGCUAGAGCCAGACAGAUUCGAUCUCCCCACUCCUUCCCCAUUUCGAGGUCCCUGGAAAGUCAGACCACCAGCGAGCUAAUCAACGGAAAACAAGUUUAAUGCAACAGGUUGCAACCGUCUGCAGCCAGUCGGCUUCAUCACGGCAGCCUGAGGCCCAGGAGCCCAGAGGCCAGUGUCAGGAGAGUCACCAGCCGCGCACUGCUGCCCCUGCGGCCCUGCGUGCUGCCGGCGCCGCCCUCUUUGUGUCCGUCUUCUACGUUUUCCUCGAUGACUGGUCUCUGGUUGUUGCACAGGUCCCGCUUACAGCACGCCACGGACAGGAAGGGCGUGGGCUUCAUGAGCACGAGCGGCUGGGGCAUCUCUGGAGGCGGGCUGAUCGUCCCACAAUACUUUACGCACUGCUUGGAAACAUAGAAGAACCGUGGAAAUGUUCCUAAUGGAAAAUAAGGACAGAGACAGAAAGGAGUCACGUGAAUUGAAAACGACACCAACACCAUUUCUGUCUGAAAUCUGCCCGACCCUGACCCUUCCGGUGGCGCCUCUCAGAAGCCCCGCUCAGAGAGGGCACCUGAUGGGGAGUCGGGAGCCAUCACCACAGAGGAAGAGGAUCAGGUCUUUGUGUUCAGAUUUGCUCCUGGGAGUGGGGUGUGGCAUCGGAUGCCCCCAGCCUUGGCCUGUCCGCGCGCACCGGGAACCUGGGCCUGGCAGUCUCCGUUUGGGAACGUACAGGCUCCUUAGGCCUCAACUUCUCAAACGCAGGGCCGCUCAGGCCUUUGUGACCACGGACAGACACACGAGAGCAAGGGGCUCCCGGCCAUCCCAGCCAGUGCCCGGAGCUCGGAGCUGCCCCCUGAGGGGCCGCUGCCCAGGGCCUGGGUGUGAGUGCUGUGCCAGUGAGCCUGCCGCAAGGGCACAGCUCAGCGCUGGGUGACGGGGCCCGUCUUCCGACUUCACCUCAUCUCAUAUUUCACCGUGCAGUCAUCUUUCCACACUAAGUUAUCAGGUCCACGUGAGGCCUCAGUGGGGCUUACACCUCGACCCACUCAGCACCCCGCACACUUCCUGGAACAUGGAAGCCUCCAGAAGCGACUGACGAACGGAAAGUGAAUUCUCCAGCCCUGACGAAGCCACUGCUGGGUCACGCCGGGGCCCUCAGACUCGCCCUCGGGAGAGAGCUCCUCAUGCGGCCAGAAGUCCUCGGGCGAAUUACAGAUGACCCAGCAGUGGUGUCCAGUCGUUUUAAAGCAUGCACACUCCUUUCAGAACAUAUUUUAAGCCCAUGCCCCUAAUUAUGUACAUCUCUUGUAAAAGCUACUCUUGGUGGGACAUCUGAAGUCCUUAAAGCUUAAUUUUUCACUUAGAAGUGAAUGAAAAGAAGUCUCCGUUACUUUCUUCCUGCACUUCAGUACUUCACCCUGACCAGCGGGCAAUAAGUGUUGCCCUACGUCGGCCCUGCUGUGACUUAGCUGGGUCUCCUCCAUGGUCCACCUGCCCUCCUGGCUUCACAGGACUUUGCUCUUCAAAUUUAAAAAAAGGGUAGCUUUCAUAUUAGUUAUUCUCUACUGAGGAAAACUAGACAGACCCUGAAUCCUGAAAGUAUCCCACUGACCUGCCCGUGGAAGCCCAGUACUAACUGAGAUACUUACUCACGGCCACAGUACUACAAUACGAGACGCCCUGGCUACAGUCUGUUGGUCUUUCACAAUCGAAACUGUUCUCCUUCUCGCAAACGUGACACCUCAGUACGUCUGAAAUGAGGAAUAAAAAGAAAAUGGAAUGUGGCAGCUCUCAGGUCCUGUCAGACCAACACCCCCCAUCCUCUCCUUCCUCCAAAUGAGAACAGCCUGGGGUCCCGCUGUCUUCCCAGCUCCCCACAGCCCGCCCCAUGCCCGGAGCUCCUUCUCUGCUCUCUGGGCUUCCCUCAUCCACACACAGGGUGUGUCUCUCUCACACCUCCACACCAAGACCCACCACACGAACCCGACACGCACAGACACUCGUCCCAGAGACACGCAAGCUCUCACCAUCAUAUGGCAACACCCAAGGCUCACCUCCCCCCACCCCGCCCAGCCUCAGGGAUGUGCCCCAUUCACACACAACACUGUCGUCUCACCUCUGACUUCUCUAGAAAAAGAAACUCCACAGCUUUGGAGUCUGCUCUCACACACCCUUUCCAUCCCGCUUCCUGGCCCGCCCCACCUCCUUCAGCACCCGGCCCCACCUUCCCCUCCCGAGACCCCGGAGCGGCGGCCCACUGUCAGCUCUGAGUCACGGCGGGACUUGCUGCUGGGGGAGAAGCUGGUCACGCUCCUGCAGCUCUCUGUUCUCAAAGGCAGCCCCAGAAGGUCCAGCGAUGGCUGCACCAGGCUUGGCCUCCAGCCUGACCUCCCCCAGGAAGGCAGGGCUGUGGCAGGGAGAGCUGGGUGCUGGGGAAUAAAGCCAGCCUUCCGGACCUGCUCUCGGGGGGCUCCACAUCAAGAGGCUCCCCCACUAGGCAUCCAGGAGCUGACCACCCUCUUCACGGUCUUUUGCCCACUGAGUCCUCUGUGCUGCAACUGUCCAAACCCACCUGGGGCCAGGGCGGCACCCAAACGGGGAUGGCCACCCCCGAGUCCGCACAGGCGUUCCGGCCCACCGCCUCCUCCCAGCCCAGGAGGCCGAGGGCCUGGAACUUACUUUGCCUUACAGACACGGUGACGUUGGUCUCCACCCGUGGCAGGCUCAUGAGCAGCAGCCAGACAAGGAGGACGGUCAUCUCCGAGGACGUCCGGCCCUGAACAUGAGAAGCGAGCAGGCCACGUGCUCAGCCCUGUGGCUCCGCGCUUAGAUCUG